GUUCCUGUUGAGUAUAAAGGUCGCAGUAACAUCCACCUGGGCGCAGACAUCCUGCUGCGGCGUGCGGCAGUGGCUCGCAGUCAGACCUUCAUCAACCUGAGGGAGGUGUGUGAGCGCUUCAAGCUGCCGCCUGGAGAAUACGCCAUCAUCCCGUCGACUUUCGAGCCGCAUCGCAAAGGAAGCUUCAUCCUGAGAAUUUUCACGGAGAAACACGCUCACAGCAGCCCGAUGGAGGAGGACCUGGACGCUGACGUCCCUGAGCCAGACAUUGGACAGGAGGACGUGGACCCACACUUCAAACGUCUCUUUGUCCACAUCUCUGGAAAUGACUCUGAGAUUUCUGCCUUCGAGCUCCAGCAGAUUUUGGACAAAGUUGUUGCUCAGAGGUCAGAUGUGAAGACGGACGGCUUCAGUCUGCAGACGUGCCGCAACAUUAUCAGCCUGCUGGACAUGGAUGGCAGCAGUAAACUGGGUCUGCUGGAGUUUCACUGUCUGUGGAUGAAGAUCCAGAAAUACCUGGAGAUCUUUAAGAGUCACGACUCGGAUAGUUCUGGGACGAUGAGCAGUCACGAGAUGAGAGCAGCUCUGGCUGAAGCUGGGUUCCAGCUGAACAGCGCCAUCAUUCAGGAGAUUGUCAGUCAAUACGCCGACACCAACUACGCCAUCGACUUCGACUGUUUCAUCGGCUGCUUGAUCCGCCUGGAACUGCUCUUCA